UUCUAAAUAUCCUUUGAAUAAGGCUAAACUUCUGCAAAAAUUAAUUGUAAAUAAUGAUACGAUCGCCGAUUAUCCUUGGUGUGAAAACAUUAACUGUACGAAAUUUAAAUGCUUAUGACCAUUUAAUAAUUAAUGGACCGUGCAUCCAAAGUGUACGAUGGAAGAGAAAGCCAAUUUGGUUACCAACAGCAAAAUCUAAAGUAUUUAGAGUACCAAAAAGACCGGAAAUACCUGUAGUAGAAUACGAAGAACUUAAACGUUUGCAUCAUAAUUACAAAACAUUAAUGAAAUCCUUAAAAAACUUUUUCAUUGAAAAGGAACAGAAAAAAACCGAAUGCUUGGAAGAAAAUGUUGUAAAAAUCAAUGUAGAAAAUGAUUUUAAGAUGUGUAACUAUAUAAAUGAUAUAUGGAAUAACCAAGUAGCUGCAAUGAGGGAAAGAAGGUUAGCUAAAGAAAGAGAAGAUCGUGUAAAAGAAAUUAAUAUAAAAUUAAAAGAAAAAGCAAUAAGAGAUUUGAGUAUUCAAGAGAGAGUAGAUGCCGAAAUUAGGAAAGCAAAAGAGGAGGCCCCAACAUUUAUUACACGUGACACCAUAGAUGAAGCUAUACGAAAUGCAUUGGAAAAUGUUGUAAAUCAUAAUGUUGCAAUUGAUAGUAAUGGUAAUAUAUAUGAUAAGCCUAUGGAAGUUGCAUCAUCUACAGCAAAAAGCUAA